CAAGGACCAGGAGCUCCCUUCGGCAGGGGGAGGACCCAUGAAGCCUGCUGACCGGGAAAAGAGAGGGAUAAAAAGUUUGUGUCAAGUUUUGUGACUCGGGGGUGAAAACUUGCCUUCACACCGACGGUUAGCAGCAGCUCGGACGGGGAAGAUGGCGCGGCGCUUCGGCCGUGCCACGUCUCGGUUUACCGGAGAAAUAUGUCCCAGAAAGAUAGCAGCGACCGCAGUUUGGAUAAGUUUUUGUCUUAUUUUCUACCCUCCUGCUGCGGAGGCUCAACUGUACAGCGCUACCGACCAAGUCAUCACGUUAAAUCGGGAGAAUGUGCAGUCGGUUCUGAUCAACACCUCAGCGGCGAUACUGACGGAGUUUUAUGCUUCGUGGUGCGGACACUGUAUCGCAUUUUCUCCGGUGUACAAAAGUCUGGCGAGAGACAUUAAAGAGUGGAAGCCAGCUGUGGACCUGGCAGCCAUUGACUGUGCUGCAGAGCAGAACAGGAAGGUGUGCACUGAUUUCGGCAUCAGAGCAUACCCUACUCUAAAGUUCUUCAAUGCGUAUUCCAGGGCUAGUUCCACAGGACAGUCUUUUAAAGCUUCCACUCAUGAUGUCCGGGUGCUCCGACACAGGAUCAUAGACAAACUAGAAAAUCAUUCAGAGCCCUGGCCCCCUGCCUGCCCCCCACUGGAGCCUGCUAGCCAAGCAGAGGUCGACAGCUUCUUUGAGACCAACAACGUUCAGCACCUGGCUCUGAUAUUCGAGGAUGCUAAAUCCUACAUCGGCCGAGAGGUAACCCUGGACCUGUUACAGUUUGAGAACGUUGCUGUGCGGAGAGUCCUGAAUACUGAGGAAGGUCUGGUAACUAAAGUGGGAGUAACUGAGUUUCCAUCCUGCUACCUUCACUCUCCUGGAGGAAACUUCACCAGACUCAGAGUCAACAUCGAGGCUCGUACUUUCUACUCUUACGCCCUCCAGAGGCUGCCGGGGGUGGUGCGCUCAGGGAAUCCUCGACCGGUCGCAGAACACGUCCUCACCAACAACACAAAGGAGCCCUGGAGAACCUUCGAUAAGUCCAGGGUGUACAUGGCGGACCUGGAGUCAACACUGCACUACUCUCUGCGUGUGGAGCUGGCUGCUCAUACUGCCAUCAAAGGAGAGGCCCUGACUUCUCUCAAGAAGUACAUCUCUGUCCUGGCUAAGUAUUUUCCAGGCCGUCCAGUGGUGAUGAACCUUUUGAGGUCUGUGAACUCUUGGCUACAGAACCAGACUGGCGAUGAGAUUUCCUAUAAGGCAUUCCAAGAGAUACUGGACAACACAGCUCAGUCUCCAAACACUGCUUUGCCUGAAGGAGUGAGGUGGGUGGGCUGUCAGGGUUCACAACCCUACCUUAGACGUUACCCUUGUGGGAUGUGGACUCUCUUCCACGUUCUCACUGUCCAAGCCAAGAAUGCAAACGGCACAGAUCCUCAGGAGGUGCUGAGUGCGAUGAGAUACUACAUCCACAGCUUCUUUGGCUGCAGGGCGUGUGCCGAGCACUUUGAGGCCAUGGCGAGUGAGAGUAUGGUGGAGGUGAACACAUUGUCGUCAGCGGUCCUGUGGCUCUGGUCCAGACACAAUCGUGUCAACAACAGACUGGCAGGUGCUUUGAGUGAAGACCCCAACUUCCCAAAGAUCCAGUGGCCUUCACCAGAGAUGUGUCCGGCCUGCCACACGGUGAAGGACAACGGGGAGCACAGGUGGAGCCAGGAGCAGGUUUUCCCCUUCCUCCUGUCCUACUUCUCAUCCAGCAGCAUCCUCUCAGACUACCUCGAAGAUGAAAGUCAGAUCCUGACAAAACAGAGAGAAAAACAUGCAAGUCAGCAGCAAGCUUUUGAAGCUCACAAACGUAUGGAGAGGAAAGCCAGAGAGGCGUUGGACUCCAUGACACAUCCGCUGACAUCACAGCCCACUGUGCAAGAAGAGGAGGAGGAGGAAGAGGAGGAAGAGGGGCCUGAUGAAGAGGAGGAAGGAGCAGUAGCAGCAGAUGAGAUGGAGGGAAAGACAUCUGAGACGACCCCCUGGGCCAAAGCUGAGGCUGGGGUGGGUCGAGUCCGGCGGCUGAGCAACAGGAAGCCGAGCAUUGUGGGCAUGAGGAUGCGGGAGCUGCAGGAGGACAUCGUGGAUCUCGACUCUUUCGUCAACCAGCACUACAAGGCCAAGGCGCUGGCGGCCUCCAGCAGAGUCAAACGACGCACCCUGCAGAGGAAGGAGGAGCAGGAGCCCGGGCCCGUGUUCGGGCUCGGCAUGGAGCUGGACGCCGGGCUCGGGAUGGUGGGCCUGCAGCCUAUGGAAGCAGACUUUGAGCUGGACGUGGGGCGGCAGAAGAAGCGGCUGCAGAAGCGAGAACUGGCAGGCCAGUACUUUGUGGAGGAGGCCGAGCUGAGACACACGGGACGCUGGAUGUCUGUGCUGAGCAUCGGAUUCUCCAAAGUGGACAUCAGCCUGUGUGUCAUCCUUUAUUUCCUGUCCUCCAUGUGUCUUCUGGCCAUGUACCUUUUCUUCAAAAACCGCCUCAGGCUACGGCGGGCUAAAGUAGCUCUGCCCUGAAAAAAAGAGUAUCCAAAUAUGAGCUGAGUCAGCAAUGAUUAACAAUCAUUAGGUUCAUGCAGGCUGAGGUUGGUUGGAGUAAGGGGAUGUGUCAAGAUUAGGCCGAUCUUAGGCGGUCCACUUAACUGUUGCCUACAAACAAAGUAGGCGGCAGCGUGUUUUACCCUCAGUGUCGUCAAUGAUGUCUAACUGGAGAGGAGGAGAAGGGA